CCAUCUUUUCUAUAUCUUAGCCUGGGACCUCCCACUAUGGAACACUUCCUUCUUCUGAUGCCCCUCCUGGGUCUGGUGAGCAGUGAAUUGCCAUUUGUACAAAGAGGAUUCUGGGACUUCUCCAUGGACGAUCCCUCGGUCCAAGAAGAGGAAGAGGCUUCUGGGAUCCUCCCUACUUCGAGUGGAUCUGAGGCAGAAGACAUUCCUUUCUACCCAGGCCUCUGUCCCUUUGGCUGUCAUUGCCACCUAAGGGUGGUCCAAUGCUCUGAUCUGGGUCUCAAGCAAGUGCCUAAGGAAAUCUCGCCAGACACCACAUUACUAGAUCUGCAAAACAACCACAUUACGGAGCUGCGCAAAGAUGACUUUAAAGGGCUCUUUCGCCUCUAUGCUUUGGUAUUGGUGAACAAUAAGAUCUCCAAGAUCCAUCCAAAGGCUUUUAGCCCUCUGAUUAAGCUGCAGAAACUCUACAUCUCCAAGAACAACUUGGUGGAGAUUCCUCCUAACCUGCCCAACUCCUUGGUGGAACUCCGGAUCCAUGAGAACAAAAUCAAGAAGAUCCCCAAAGCUGUCUUCAAUGGGCUCCACAAUAUGAAUUGCAUUGAAAUGGGUGGGAAUCCUCUGGAGAAUAGUGGAUUUGAACCUGGUGCCUUUGAUGGCCUAAAACUGAACUACCUGAGGAUCUCAGAAGCAAAGCUCACUGGUGUACCCAAAGACCUCCCUGAAACCUUAACUGAGCUACAUCUGGACCACAACAAGGUCCAGGCAAUUGAAUUAGAGGAUUUGAUCCGCUACUCCAAAAUCUACAGAUUGGGCCUCGGACACAACAAUAUUCGCAUGAUUGAGAAUGGCAGUCUUGCUUUCCUGCCUAUCCUACGUGAGUUGCACUUGGAUAACAACAAGCUCUCAAGAGUCCCCCCAGGAUUGCCUGAUCUCAAGUUUCUGCAGGUGGUGUACUUGCAUUCCAACAACAUUACUCAUGUUGGCGUUAACGAUUUCUGCCCUGUGGGCUUUGGGGUAAAACGUGCCUCGUAUCAUGGAAUCAGCCUUUUUGGCAACCCUGUGCCUUACUGGGAAGUUCAACCAGCCACUUUCCGCUGUGCCACUGACCGCCUGGCUAUCCAGUUUGGCAACUACAAAAAAUAAAGAA